AUGAUGGCAAUACGGCAUGUGCUGUGUGUUGUGACCAUCACACUCUGUUUUAUCUGCAGUUUUGUGUUGGCAGACACUAAUACUGAAGUUACUAUUCCUAAAGUUAAUGUUGAGGGUGGACCUCGCGCAGCUGAAGAAGCUACACCUGUUGAUGGUGUUACUGGGUCUAAAGGAGAACCUGGUCCUUCUGGUGGUGACACAGAUAAGGAAAAUAAAAUGAAACAAGGUCCCGUUGAUCCUCAGAGCACUUCACAAACUCAACUACCAGGAGGGAAUACUCACUCUCCUCUUCAACCUGCCAAUCCAUCACAACCUGUUUCAGGAAAUAGAAACAAUGCUGCUCAUUCUUCAACAGAAAAUCAGAACGAUCAAAUUCAAGGUGGAGGUAAAGCGGUUUCGCAGGAAAAUGAACAAGUAGUUGCGAGAACGGAAUCAGGAAAUAAUGGAGUAUCCAAUUCUGGCAGUGAAAAGAAUACUGUUGGCUCUCUCACUGAAGAGGACCCCAAUGCUAAUACUGAAGAAAAAAAGUCUGAAAAUGCACAGAGUUUAAAUAUCGAGAAUAGUACACAAGGUACUAACGAUGCAGACGCCAGUGGUACACAACCUCAAGCAGGUGUUGGUACAGAACCAUCUACUCCUUCAGCAUCUUCGCAUACUAAUGGAGCCGUGGGUGGUGAGAAUUCUGCACAGACAGCAACAAAUAACUCAGCAAGUACGAACUCUGAAACUUCAACUACAAUCAGUAAUGAGGACUCAACCUCAACCACCACCACCACCACCACAACAACAACAACAACACUUCCUCCUGAACUCACAAACAACAAGAAGGGUGAUGCAGACAGCAGCAGCAGUAUCAGCAGUUCUGUGUGGGUGCGUGUACCACUACUGAUUGUGGUUACACUGGCCUGUAUUCUUGUGUGCUGA